UAGUUAUCUCAUUGCCACGCUGGCACUCCCAAUCAUGCAUCAUUGCCAUCAUCGCAACAUUGCUGUGGCAGCUAUAUCAUUCCUUUUUUUGUGAUACUCUCGCUCCUUCAACCAAUGCCAUCACGCCACGUCAUCUUCGCUACUAAUAACGCGCGCGUGAGCUCAGACCACUCUGUUCCCCCGAAACUUCGAUAACUUCCAUAACGAUUUUACCAACAUUGCCACCUUACAUUAGCAAACACAAAAACACCAGACCACGCUGUUUUCUUUCACUUCAAUUCUUUCAAAUCCCAAUCCAAAACCAAACACAAGAUGUCAAAUCCCGACGGAAAUUCGUCGCCAAAGAUACAUGUUCAGUCUCCCCCAGUGGCGCCUUCUGCGCCCACUGAGAGCCAACGGACGUCGGCUACCGGCGGCGGUGGAAUAGCCGGAAUCCUGCGGCAGUGGAAGAGGGAGGACUUGAUGAAGAGAGGGUCAUUAGCACUGCGAGGGAUCGCUCUGUUUCUCUCUUUGAUUUCAUUCAUUGUCAUGGCCAGCAAUAAACACGGCGAUGGGAGAGAUUUCGACAAAUAUGAAGAGUACAGGUACUUGCUAGCUAUAGCGAUUUUGUCUAGUUUGUACACUGGAGGCCAAGCGUUCCGUCAAAUUCAUGAACUUUCCACUGCAAAACAAUUGCUUAAGCCAAAAAUGGCAGCUAUCAUUGACUUUGCUGGUGAUCAGAUUGUUGCAUAUCUUUUGAUGUCAUCUGCUUCUUCAGCAGUUCCAUUGACAAAUAGAUUCAGGGAAGGGUCUGACAAUAUAUUUACAGAUGCUUCAGCUGCAGCCAUUAGCAUGUCUAUUUUUGCCUUUUUGUCUCUAGCAGCAUCAGCCCUUAUUUCUGGCUACAAACUAUCAACUCAACCUUAUAUCUGAAGGCGGAACUGUGCAAAACUCUCCCUAUUAUUGUUUCACACUUUCAUACUUCUAUACAAAUCACAUUUUUCUGUAAAGAUGAGAAAGGAACUCAGACCUCACCUCUCUGGCUCUGUUCACAUGUUAAACAGUGAGAUCUGAUAUUGAUUUAAUAUACCAAUACAUGUAAUGUUUAAUCUCUUUUGUAUUGGAGACUGUUUAUUGACCAGUUUGGCCAAAAAAGGAAAAACCAAUGUGGGGAAUGCAUUAUUCUUGCCUGAGUCUGAGACACAGGCAAUAGAAGUCAGAACUGAAGUGCAUUUUGUUUCCAUAGCAAUAAAAGACUUGACUUGCUAAAAUGUUAGAUUUCAA